AUGGCCGAGAACGCUUCCGCUACCACUCCCUCCACCCUGCCAUCGGCUCCUCAGCCUGCUGCCGCCGCUCAGAAUCAGCAGUAUGAUGCUGCCCAGGGCAAUGGCCAGGCCAACCCCUCCCACAUGCCUCCCCCGCCACGGCCCCCGGUGAUCAUUCCCCAGAAUAACAACCCCAUUCCCACCGCGAUGGGUUCCCCCCAUGUCUGGCAACAUGAUGUCCCCCACAAGCGCUGGUGGCUAUCCCUCUAUGUUGGGGGUUUGGAUCCUCGCGUGACCGAAGAUAUUCUCAAGCAGAUCUUUGAGACUACCGGUCACGUUGUGAGCGUGAAGAUCAUCCCUGACAAGAAUCAAUUCAACACCAAGGGUUACAACUACGGCUUCGUCGAGUUUGACGACCCCGGUGCGGCUGAGAGGGCUAUGCAGACUCUGAAUGGCCGCAGAAUUCACCAGUCGGAAAUCCGUGUGAACUGGGCGUACCAAUCCAACAACACCAAUAAGGAGGACACCUCCAAUCACUUUCACAUCUUCGUCGGCGACUUGAGCAAUGAGGUCAAUGACGAUGUUCUGACUCAGGCUUUCUCUGCCUUCGGCUCUGUCUCUGAGGCUCGUGUGAUGUGGGAUAUGAAGACUGGACGCUCUCGUGGAUACGGCUUUGUCGCUUUCCGUGAUCGCACCGAUGCCGAUAAGGCGCUUAACGCAAUGGAUGGCGAGUGGCUGGGCUCUCGUGCUAUCCGCUGCAACUGGGCCAACCAAAAGGGCCAGCCUUCCAUCUCCCAACAGCAGGCCAUGGCCGCCAUGGGCAUGACCCCUACCACCCCAUUCGGUCACCACCACUUCCCCACCCAGGGCAUCCAGAGCUACGACAUGGUCGUUCAGCAAACCCCGCAGUGGCAGACUACCUGCUACGUCGGUAACCUGACCCCUUACACCUCCCAGAACGACUUGGUCCCCCUGUUUCAGAACUUUGGAUAUGUUCUUGAGACGCGUCUCCAGGCCGAUCGUGGAUUUGCUUUCGUCAAGAUGGAUUCCCAUGAGAACGCUGCGAUGGCCAUCUGCCAGCUGAACGCGUACAACGUCAAUGGUCGCCCCCUAAAGUGCAGCUGGGGUAAGGAUCGUCCUCCUACCGGACAGUUCGACAACUUUUCUCCGCAGCAGGCGAAUGCCACUUUCCCCAACAGCCCCGGCUUCUUCCCCCAGUAUGGUGGUCCUGCAAACCCCAUGAACCAAGGUCCUGCCCCUGCUGGUCGAGGCUGGGACCAGGGUGCAAACAACUUUGGUGGCCCUGGCAUGCCCGCUCAAGGCUUCCCCCAGGGAAAUGCUGCAGGUUUCGGCCGUGGCCAACCCAUGUCCCCGUCUGGAAACUGGGACCAGGGCAACAACAACUUCAACGGAGGCUACCAGGCGUAG